AUGCCAUCGGACGAAGCUGCAGCUCGAUUGGCUGGCUCUUCCUCUUCUCUGAUUGGCUUCAAGGACAUUACCUCGGUGGGCAGCUCAUCAGGGCAGCAGCAGCGACCCCAUAUGACCGCACCCGGCCCUACUGGAGACGAAGGCUUGCUGAUACCGCCGCAGGAUACCCUGUACUUGGAGUCAGAUACGGCUUCUAGUCUUGAACGCGUUAGCACUGUUCGUCGAUCACCGCUGCCUCUGUCUGGAGCAGCUCAGCCAAAGACUACACUGGUCUCAGGCGAGCCGGAUCGUGCUCGCGAUGCCGUCCGCAGUGAUCAGAUGGAAAAGACUGAUGCGGCUGCUGCUCGCUCCUCCAUUUCUCCAUCUCCUUCCCUCUCCGGCUCCUCUGCCUCCUACCGCCGAUCCCAGAGCUUGACUCAAGGUAGAGUACAGGGGCAGGAGAAGACGAAGGAGGUCCGGCUCGACUUAUUCGUCAUCAGCUUCCUCUUCCUCGGCUGCCAAAUCCUCCUCCCCCUCCACGAGGAUGCGUCAUCCCUACCACGUCCGGUCCUGCCGCGAUUGCCAACAGCCAAUGGAAGAGCUGUCUAUCGAAGCCGACGCGUUCGAGCGCUCACACGUCAGCCACCGCAGUCACUCUCAUGGCGUGUUGAGGCGCUCAAAGGAACAUGGACAUAA